CAAAGUCGAGAUUCCCAUUAUCAAUGUUUACAAGAAGAUGGGGCAUCAUGUUUCAAUGACUGCAAUUCACAAACGUUCCAUAGAAAGCAGUGCAUUUCACCUACUCCUGUAUCUUUGCAAGUGACGAUUGCUUUCAGUAGGAAAUCUGGGAUCGAGAUGAAAUAUUUAGCAGUAAAAAAGCUCUUCAAAUUGACCGUGUGAACCCAGCAUCAAAUCACUCUCCGUCACUGCUCAGCGAAGGGACUGUACAGUGUCGAAAGGAAAUGGAAAGUGAAACCGAUCAGAACAGGCAGUAUCUGUUUUAGCACCAAAGCUUUGUUUGCUCCUGGCGAUGACUUCAUUUAUCACAGAACAGAACCGACGGAAGAUGUGAGGAAACGAAACUUCGGCUCAGCCUCAUUUUUUUUCUCUCAACGAGCAGGCAAUCAGAGGCGAGCAAAGAUAUGACGUUCGGAAACCGGUUCGGAGAAUAAAAAGGAGGGCAGCAGAGAGAGAGAGAAAGACACCCGGGGAGGCAGAGCUGAGAACCGGGUAGUUCCAGUGAGCGAACGGAGUUCUGUUCACAUAUUGCAUCCAGAUCGUAGAGCCGGCGCGGAUAAAGCAGGUGGAAGACAAACUGCUGAGAAAGGAGCUUUGGGAACGAGUCUGCUGUUGAACUUUCCUGAAGCGGAGCCUCCAGCGAGGAUUCAAUUUGACAACAUGAGACUCCAGGUGAAGUUUAUGACUGGUGAUGUUGUCUCACUUGAUAUCAACACUUCCAUCCAAGUGUCAGCCCUUAAGAUGAUGAUAUAUGAGAAGACCAAGGUGCCUGUUUACCAACAGCGUCUGGUGAUACAAAACGGGAACUCGCAAGAGCUGAAGGAUGACAAGAGGUUGUCUGACUACUGUGUCCCUCCCAGUAACACUGUCAUUCUGAUCGUCAAGAAUGAGGAUCGCAUGCAGAUAUUCCUGCAGAAUGAUAAGGGAAAACUGUCGACAUACGAUGUUCUUCCGUCUGAGUCUGUUCAGGAGUUUAAACAACGUGUACAACGACAGGAGGGAGUCCCAGCCAAUCAGCAGCGCCUGACGUACGACGGGAGACAGCUGGAGGAUGGCCACUCGCUCGCUGACUACAAUAUUCAGCCAGAGAGCACGAUCUUCCUCCUGCUGCGCCUGCGGGGUGGCUCACUGUGACAGCGCCAGUACUAUCAAAAUCUACUGUUUUACUUUCCAAUUGUAAAAUUCCUAUACAGUAAUGGAUGACAGUUAGUAAGAUAAUGGACUUUAGGCUGUCACUGUUGGUCUGUAUAAUAUAUAACAGUGGGCUCCUCAUGCCCAUAUUCCUGAAGUGUAUAUGCAGACCAUAGCUAGCAGUUGCAAUCUGCAAGAGAUAUUCCGGGGCAAGGAGGGCAAAAGAAAGUGAAAAGGGAAGUGAUAAGUAUUUUUUAUUGAAUAAAUUUUGUCAAAGACCACUGAACCUGUUUCUUUUUGACCUGGAUUCCAAUUAGGCCCAACUUUCCUCAAUCUGCUCCUUGUGGGGAGCCUUGCUGAAGUGACAUGCAUCAGUAAUGGCACCAUGCACAAGCUGACAGUAUCAAAAUGAUUCUUUUUUUCUUCUAAAUAGCAACACCAGAGACAUUAGCCCUUAGAUGGUUGAUACAGAAAUGGAAAAUUGUGGCACUCAUUGCUAUGUUCUGAAACUUUCCUACAAUAACUGUGGACCUGAUGUUCAAAAUGAUUAUAAAAUUUAAUUGUGUUCAAUGAAAGGUGGUGUUAAAUAUUCUACAAAUAUUUGCCUUUUUCUUACCUUAUUUGAGUAGCCUUGUAUGUUUUCAGGAUAUAAAUGCUUUAGUGAGAAUGCUAUGUUUUUACAAGAGAACAACACAAUCUUUUGUCAUGAUGUAUAAUGUCAUUGAAAAAUCAAGCUUCUUUUUGGAUUCAGAUUUAAAUGCUGUAAUUGCUUCUGCAUCUUCAUCUGUAAAUGGGGAUUAUCUGUGAAUCCAAGGAAGUUUCAUCAGGUGUCCAAAUUUAAAACUGUUUUCAGUUGACUUGUCGAGUAUGUGUUUUAGAAUAAUCAAUGCUGAUGCAUGGUGAGCUCAUUAGGUCUGAGAUUGAGACUCACGUUGAUGUAUAGUCAAGCACUUAUUUACACUGUAAAUGAACUUAUCGAAGAGACUUGCAAACACACAGCAACAAAAUUCAUUUAGCAGUCCCACUGUUGGCUGUGGCACAAUGCACCUACAGCCUCUUCUGUUGCAGUGUACUGUUAGUAAAAGGCCACUUUCCAGGUCGUCACUCUUUCAGGUUUGAUGUAUGUCAUAUAACAAUUCUUCAGAGAAGUAAGAAUUAAAUGUGACUGUAUAACAUACUUACAUGUAAAUCAUAUUGCUCAGUAAAUAAUUUUUGUAUUGUUAAUACCUUUUAUAAACAAUAAAAUUUGCCUUGUUUGU